UCAGCCACCGUAGGCAACGUCAGAAGUAAAUACUGGCUGCUAGCCCACUACUAAGCUAACUAGAUACCUGUGAAAAAAACAUGGCUUUUACUUUGUACUCUCUCAUUCAAGCAGCAAUCCUGUGCGUCAACGCUGUCGCUGUAUUGCACGAAGAAAGAUUUCUGAGUAAAAUUGGAUGGGGAGUGAACCAAAGUGUCGGAGGUUUUGGUGAUGAACCAGGCGUCAAAGUGCAGCUAAUGAACCUUGUCCGCUCUGUGAGGACAGUGAUGAGAGUGCCGUUGAUUGCAGUGAAUGCAGUUUGCAUAGUGCUGCUGCUUCUGUUUGGAUGAGGAGUCAGUCAGGGGAGAUGAGACCAACCAGUCUGCUGUCGGGAGAACAUCUCCAUCAUCUCAGGAACCCUUCUGCAGAAACAUUUGAUCACUUUGAUUCACAAAAUGUCCCCUGUCAGCCUGAAUGUGAAUAUUAUCAUUUAAUAUUCCACAUCAAUACAUGGGAUAUUUGCCAAGGCCUGUUUUGUACAGCACAGUAAUUCAUCUACUUAGAAUGGUUAACGUAUCUAUUCUUUUGAAUAGCACAAUAAAAUGCUGAAUAUUAAACACAA